UUCAUUCAUUUAAUUUGAUUAUUUCGUUGUUGUUUUUAUAUUUAAAAAUUUGAUAUAUUACUUUAUAUUUCGUUAGUUUUGUCUUGUACAAACAUGAGAGUUUCCUAUCAAGUUUUCUUCAUCCUAUUAUGUUCUUCUUCUUCUUUCUUCGUUUGCCAAGCUGAAGAUGCCAAAGUUAAUGCGCAGGAAGAAGCGAAGGAACAAAUCGCCGCUGGUGAGAAACGUCUCGGUGAUCAUAUACGAGCGAUCUUGAAACAUUAUCAACAAAAUGAUCCAGUUGGAUUACCCGGUGCACCAAUACCCGAUCCCAUGCCAGUACCCGAUAUGAAACAUUCGUUUUCCAUGUACACCAUGACUUUCAAAGAGAUCAACGUUUAUGGAUUAUCCAAAUUUCGUAUCGAACAUCUCAAAUCUGAAUUGGCAUUGAUGCAGGUUUCGGCUGCAUUGAGUAUUACGAGACUCGAUAUUCGUGGAUUGUACACCCUAUCAUCCUGGCUCUCAAGAUCAGCUGGCAACUUUACUGUUAUAUUAACAGGAGUAAACAUCGAAGGUGUUGCAAGAUUGGAAGUUGGAGCUGACGGUAAAUUGCAAGCUCAGGACAUUGACAUGGAUUUAACUUUUGAAAAUAUCGACAUGGACUUCAAAAAUCUUGGCUUUUUGGGCUCCGUUUUUCAAGGUGUUAUUAACUCAGUAGGAUCUUUUAUAUUCGAUAGUAUUAAACCGUUCAUUUUGAGAGAAGUCAAUACUAAUAUGAGAGGCGAAGUGAACAAGCAAAUAUCCCAGUUACCGCAAUAUUUUCCCAAUUCGAUAUCACCUUUCGACAUGGCGGUUGCCGAAGGUCGCAGACAAGUUUCACAAAUGGGUUACGAUCCAUACAGAGUUAAAGAUUAUAGUCAAAACGUUGGUAUUUUUACUGUUAUGUCAUCGCACACUUGGAUCACCGGGUUGGCCAGUUUUUAUCGUAUGGGUAACAUCACCCUUAGUAUGGAAAAUCGGACCGUAUAUGCGGUCUUGGAUGUUGGAACACAGGAGAUUGAGGGAAGAACACAUUGGGAAGUAAGCGUAAUUGGUGGCGUCCUGUCGAGAGCAGGUACAGUGUCCUUCACCGUUCAAUACUUCAGAGUUCAAUUAAAUCUAAGCCAACCACUUGAUACACGCAAACGACCAACUUUGGAAGAACUCGAUUUGGAAUUGGGUAACAUUCAGGCACGAAUACACGGUGCCGGUACUCUCGAUUAUGUUAUGGAAGCCAGCAUCAAUAUACUGCCAAAUCUUUUAAGGUAUCAAAUAAUGGACGCAAUCGAGGGACCUUUGAAGAGACGAAUACAAGAAGAAUUAAAUAAAAUUGACGUCGAGAAACUUAUCAAUGAAAAAAUACCGGAAAUAGAAGAACACGCGAAAUUCUUGCAAGAAUUAACACCACCCGACGAAAUUAUUUUAGAGGAUCCUGUACCACCCCAAAUACCGGAAGAUCUGACUCCAUUUUCGGAAAGUGAAGAGGAACGAGGACCCUCGUAAAAUGUUCAACUUAAAACAAAAAAAAAAAGAUAUUUAAAAAAAAACACACACAUACAUUUCCAAAGAAGUUUUUAAUCUUCGAAGAGAGAAAAAGGAAAACCACGAAAAAUACUCGAUGAUGUUGAACUUAGACUUUUAAUUUCAAAAAUAUAACUCUAAAUUCUGUCUUUCAAUCAGGUGUGGCUUUUUGCCAGAAUGUGUUUGCUCGCUAUUUACUGCAAUACGUGCAAGUGUGCGUGUUAAUACUGUAAUGUAAGUCGUCAACUAUGUAACAGAUACAGGGAAUGAUAAAAAUAAAACUUCCAAGUGUGAUUAAAGUAACAAAUUAUCCUAGGAUAUGAUGCAACAUCAUGCUCCGUUUGUAGAUAAAUUAUAAAAGAAUACGUAGGUAGUUAUGUAAGAGGAAAAAUCAAAUUUGGAAUGUAGUUUUCCUAAUUAACAUUUUUCUUCUCGAUAUGGAGAAGAUGCAUAUUGCUGACAAACGAAUAAUUAAAAAAAAAAAAAAAA